AUGCAGCCAUGCACCGUGCACAUUGGAUCCAUCUCUGAGCUACUACCUGCUGGAGUCAGAGUCCAAUGUCAUCCCAAACCACACGCUGUGCAGAAAGAAGCGCCUCUUGCGCUCGCUGGCCUAGUCGGCUGCAAUGCCUUUGCGAAGUUCAAGAUACGCCGGGUGGAACAGUCUGUGCAGCGGCGAUUUGGCGCAGCAGGGGCAGCAUAUUCCACCAAGCAAUCGGCGAUAGCCUAUGACGAGGAAAGUCAGUGCCUUCGCGCCAUGCUUAACUUGUCAGCUGGAGAGGUUCUUCUCGAAGAGAGCCCGUUGGUCCUCCUGGAGGACUCUGCAGAGGGAGUUGAUGAUUUGGGCUCAGAGGAGGACCUAUGGCGUGGGUUCAGACGACAUCGCUGCUUCAAGGCAGCUGACACUUUCAAGCUGCUAGAUGCAGAUGCCAGGACAGCAGUUCUAUCACUUUACACCCCAGCAUCUGAGAACCAGCUCCAGGACUGGUCUGUAGAACAGGAAGCAGCUGGAGGCGACCCAGAGGUACUACGGUUUCUUCAAGUUCUACGUGUGAACGGAAUCGAGGUGCCGUUCAGCUUCACUGGGCUUUACAACCUCGCUUGCCGUGCCAACCACUCGUGUGCGCCUUGCUGUCGUGUUUCGGUGGCCGAAGGCGGUCAGCUCAGGAUAGUGGCGCUACGGCCGAUACUCGCAGGAGACGAGGUCACAGUGUCCUAUUUGUCUGAACUGGAACUUCUGGAGGUUGGAUCAGUCCGAAGGAAGAUGCUGGAGACAACUUGGGACUUCCGCUGUACCUGUUCAAGGUGCUCUGCACCAGAUGACCGACGUUCAACUCUGUGCCGGGCAUGCAUUGGUGCUGGCCGGCCCAGUGGACUUGUUGCCCUUCAAACCAGAACUGUCCAGUUGGGCGGAGCGACUGCUGAAUUGGAAAGCUGGUCUGUUUGCAGCAAGUGUGGUGCAGUGCCAGAGGCCUCAGUACUCACAGAAAGCGAAAACAUUUGGGUUAGGCGAUAUGAGCAGCUGCCAAGCUGGUGCCGUGACUCGCUCCGCAGCUUCUUAGCACCGAAGGCUCCAAAGCUGAGCAUCGCUGCAAUCGAAGAGGAGGAUGGACCAGUGGAUUUGCAAACUCAAGAUGAAGCAACAUACGUGGCCCAAAGCUUGGCCGAUAUGAUUCAACUCCACAGAGACUUUGCGCAAGUUGAGUUUUUGGAGGCUCACUGGCUUGCAGCCGACAUUGCGGGUGCGAGCGCUGCAGCAGGACUUUUGUUGUACAAAGGAGCAGAUGGAGACCGGGCUUUGUCCGAUGCUUGCAAGGACACAAUUUCCAGAUUGGAAUUGAAACCAGAAGAGAUCUCUCGAGCUGCAGAGAAGAGGCUUCAGGCUGUGAGGGGAGUGUUUGGAGAGGAUACAUUCUCUGUGGAAGCAGCCCAGUUGCUAAGGUUGAAGGCCUUGGCUGCGGAUAUCGACGGUCCUGGUGGGAUGGAACCGAUGGAACUCAGAAGGAGAUCGUUUGAGAUAGCUCUGCCGCUGCUUCCACCAGGGAAACACUCUGCCAGUAUAUCAGCUAUACCUGACAAAGAUCUGACGGAUGAUUUUCUCUAUGAUGUGCUCCUAGAACUUGCUGAGUGACUCGC